GGCUGUGUUGCAUUAGAGAAGCUAUUCGUAUCAUUUCAUUUUGAGUAACACACAGUUUUGGUAACAAUUUCGAUAGAAUAGAACAAAAUCUCAGAAAAUACAAGUUUAUAUUAACGCCGUUCAAAAAUAGCGAAAUGUCCUUUUGUAACAGAACACUUCCACGUCUGGUGCGCAAUGCUCACAAACUAAUGAGAUUCAAGUCGGACUAUUCAAAGACCAUUUGCAAUCUGAAGAUCAACAAGGAGACCAAAGUGUUGGUUCAAGGAUUCACUGGCAAACAGGCCACCUUUCACUCCGACGAAGCUAUUAAGUACGGCACUAAUAUUGUAGGGGGUGUAUCGCCAAAUAAGGGCGGUACCAAGCAUCUGGACAGGCCCGUUUUCAAGGAUGUGAAGGAAGCCGUCAAGGAACUGAAGCCGGAUGCAACAGUUAUCUUUAUACCGCCACCAAAUGCCGCCGAGGGAAUUUGUGCCGCUAUUGAGAACGAGAUCGGUCUGAUAGUUGCAAUCACUGAAGGUAUUCCUCAAGCGGACAUGGUGCGGAUUAUGCAAAUGCUCAAGAGCCAGGAGAAGAGUCGUCUUUUGGGUCCCAAUUGUCCCGGCAUUAUAUCGCCAGAUCAGUGCAAAAUCGGGAUUAUGCCUGGACAUAUCCAUAAACGCGGCAUGGUGGGCAUUGUUUCCCGAUCCGGCACUCUCACCUACGAGGCAGUGCAUCAGACCACAGGUGUGGGAUUGGGCCAGACUUUGUGCAUCGGCUGCGGCGGGGAUCCCUUUAAUGGCACCAACUUUAUCGAUGGUCUCAAGAUCUUUCUCGGCGACAAGGAGACCAAGGGUAUUAUACUAAUUGGCGAGAUUGGCGGCUCCGCUGAGGAGGAUGCUGCCGAAUAUCUCAAAAAAGAGAAUACGGGCUGUGAAUCAAAACCUGUGGUUGCCUUUAUUGCCGGCCAGACGGCUCCACCUGGUCGUCGUAUGGGACAUGCCGGUGCUAUAAUCUCCGGCGGUAAAGGUGCCGCUCAGGACAAGGUCAAGGCGCUGCAGGAUGCGGGUGUCCUGAUUGCUAUGAAUCCUUGCCACAUGGGCAAGAUUCUCCAUCAGGAAAUGGUCAAGCGUAAGAUAGUGAAGUGAAUAAUCCGACUUGUCAUCAAAAAUCAAGGGGCAGAUUAUACAUAUUCCUCUAAAGGUUCCAUCAAGAUUCACGUUUCAGAUCUGUAUUGUUGCAUACGGCAAUUAAUUAUUUACACGUUACGUUUUCGAGCGGUCUUCUCCAAAUUGGUUUCUUCUACAAAUAUUCAAAUUUGAUAAAUAACAAAAUGCUCAAUUUAAACCGCAAAAAAAA